AUGCGAGGUAUCUGGGGCUUGGCGGUCCAGCCUGGCUCUUGCUCCGCACGCAUGUGUGAGAGCCUGCGCUCGCUCCUCCCGAGCCCGCGAUUACACUUCUCCACCGGAGGAGGUGACCGGGGCGGGGUUCUCCGACCCAGGCAGGGCCGAGGAGAGAGACCGCAGUGGCUUCUCUGCUCCCAAGGGCUCUCAGGUCCUCUCUCCUGCACGCAGUGUUUCGGGGGAAGAAGAACAACACUUUGCCCAGAUGAAGAGAACGCACCUGCUUGUGCUGGGGGUCUACCUGCUGUCCUCCUGCGGGGCGGAGGAGGGGCUGAAAUUCCCCACCUAUGACGGCAAGGACCGCGUGGUCAGUCUGACCGAGAAGAACUUCAAGCAGGUUUUGAAGAAAUACGACUUGCUCUGCCUCUACUACCACGAGCCCGUGACUUCGGAUAAAGUCUCGCAGAAGCAGUUCCAGCUGAAAGAAAUUGUGCUGGAGCUUGUGGCCCAGGUCCUGGAACAUAAAGACAUAGGCUUUGUGAUGGUGGAUGCCAAGAAAGAAGCCAAGCUUGCCAAGAAACUGGGUUUUAAUGAAGAAGGAAGCCUGUAUAUCCUUAAGGGCGAUCGUACAAUUGAGUUUGAUGGCGAAUUUGCAGCCGAUGUCUUGGUGGAGUUUCUCCUGGAUCUCAUUGAAGACCCAGUGGAGAUCAUCAAUAGCAAACUGGAAGUCCAAGCUUUUGAGCGCAUCGAGGACCACAUCAAACUCAUAGGCUUUUUCAAGAGUGAGGACUCAGAAUAUUACAAGGCUUUUGAAGAGGCAGCUGAACACUUCCAGCCUUACAUCAAAUUUUUUGCUACCUUUGACAAAGGGGUUGCAAAGAAAUUGUCCUUGAAGAUGAACGAGGUUGACUUCUACGAGCCGUUUAUGGAAGAGCCCAUUGUCAUCCCUGACAAACCUUACACGGAAGAGGAGAUUGUGGAGUUUGUGAAGGAGCAUCAAAGACCCACUCUACGUCGCCUGCGCCCAGAAGAUAUGUUUGAAACAUGGGAAGAUGAUUUGAACGGGAUCCACAUUGUGGCCUUUGCAGAGAGGAGUGACCCAGAUGGCUACGAGUUCCUGGAGAUCCUGAAGCAGGUCGCCAGGGACAACACAGACAACCCGGACCUGAGCAUCGUGUGGAUCGACCCCGAUGACUUUCCUCUGCUUGUUGCCUACUGGGAAAAGACUUUCAAGAUUGACCUUUUCAAGCCACAGAUUGGGGUGGUGAACGUGACAGAUGCUGACAGCGUCUGGAUGGACAUCCCAGAUGACGACGACCUGCCCACAGCUGAAGAGCUGGAAGACUGGGUUGAGGAUGUGCUCUCGGGGAAGAUCAACACUGAGGACGAUGACGAGGACGAGGAAGAAGAGGACGAUGACGACGACGACGACGACGACGAUGACAAUAAUUCUGAUGAAGAGGAUAAUGGUGACAGUGAUGACGAUGAUGAAUAGUCCCAACGCCAGACGAUGGUCGCGAAGACAAAACCACAGCUACCCACUACCAUGCAGACAACACAAGGCAGCAGCAUCCGGCCGGCUCCUUUCCCUUUUCCAACAGCCCUUUUCCCACGCCCUUCUCAUCAGGAGAUGUGCAACUCAGCAAACGCCUUUCUAAAUCCAGCAAUCCCGCUCGGCAAGGAUGGUGGGAACUUAUUCCCAUGUUGACUGUCUAGCCUGUUAUGAAAAAGCUCCUGUUCUUGGCCAGACCAUCCACCGCUAUGGCAGUGCCGGCAUCUGGCAGUCCGGGGAAGAGCAGUCUCCUAGCACCUUGACUCUCAUUUUCUUGUUGUCUUUGACUAUGACAGUAGCAGAAAGGACAGCUUGCUAACUCACAGGCAUGGUGUGUGAGUUGCAAAUCAGAGCCCGGGGAAGCCGCAGUCCACUUAGCCCCCAUGCCUAGAACAUCCGUUGGGGUCCCUUCUCAAGCCAAGAGGACCCCUCUUAGGGAAGGCUCAGGCUUGGAAAUAAGUUUGUAAUUAGCCUCUUUCUCUUGGUUCUAUUAAGUGUAUUAAGUGCAGGUCAGAUUAUUAUGAACUCAGAUCCAAGCCUUUGAUGGCUACUGAGAGGUCUUGAAAAACCUGCAUGCUGCGGUCACCAUUAUUUCUAGCAUAUGAGGAUGCUGGAACGGGAGGUUGAUUUGCUCUGUGAACUUCCCUCUAGGUGACCAGCUUCCAUAGGGGUCGAGGGAGCUGGAAGAAUGAAAGGUUUUUAAUGAUUUCUGUUGGGUCGAGGUCUCUGAUUGGGUCAGCUGGCAUCCUAGCCUGAGCUGGGACCUGGGUACCCCUCCCCUGCUGCUGCUAGUCAGCCUUCCCAUUCAGAGCCAGUGUUGUUGGUUCAUCCGGAGGGCAAUUAACUGCUCCCACAGUUGCGCAGGACAACAAUAAUUAGAGUUCCUAAUGAUGCCCCGAGGCACUGACAAAACCCCAAGUGCCUUCCUAACUAUCUCAAAGUUAUAUUGUGCUCAGUAGUUUAGUGUUAAGUGUGCAUUAUCGUGUUCUAAUUUAUUUUCUCAAUCUUCUAACACAUGUGUAAGACACUGCAAAUUCUUUGAAAACCAGGCAAUCCUUUUGUGGAAGAGUAGCUAACUAACUGUCAUUAAAGUUAUAUUUUGAAAAUACUGA